AAUCUCUGAAUUAAAAUUAUCAACUUAAUUUGCAGAAACCUUUGGGAAAUAACCCAAACAUGGAAAGAGAAUCAAGCAAGACUUCGGGCUGUACUAACAAGCGUUUCGAGGUCAAGAAGUGGAAUGGUGUGGCGCUCUGGGCCUGGGAUAUUGUCGUUGACAACUGCGCCAUUUGCCGCAAUCAUAUAAUGGAUCCAUGCAUUGAGUGCCAGGCCAAUCAGACGGCAACUAACGGUGAUGAAUGCACCGUCGCCUGGGGAACCUGCAAUCAUGCAUUUCAUUUCCAUUGCAUUUCGCAUUGGCUGAAGACUCGACCCGUUUGCCCGCUGGACAAUCUGGAGUGGAACUUUGAGAAAUAUGGUCGCUAGACUCUUUGCAAAAUGCAUAUUAUAUACCGCAUAUUAUGUGAAUAAGUGCGUCAAGUUAUAAAAGAAGUAGCAUUACCGGA